AUGGAGCCUGCUUUGGGGUUUCAGAUGGAUAAGCCAAUGGUUUUUUCUCCCCUUGGUGGCCGGUUUCAGGCGGAUGGCUCAUUAAAAAAACAAGAGCAGAAUUUUAAACCACCAGGUGUUAAAAAGGAUAUUGAGAAGCUUUAUGAAGCUGUACCACAGCUUGGCAAUCUGUUUAACAUUAAGGACAAAAUUGGAGAAGGCACUUUCAGCUCUGUUUAUUUGGCCACAGCACAGUUACAAGUCGGACCUGAAGAGAAAAUUGCUCUAAAACACUUAAUUCCAACAAGUCACCCCAUAAGAAUUGCAGCUGAACUUCAGUGCCUAACAGUGGCUGGGGGGCAAGACAAUGUCAUGGGAGUUAAAUACUGCUUUAGGAAAAAUGAUCAUGUGGUUAUUGCUAUGCCAUAUCUGGAGCAUGAGUCCUUUGUGGACAUUUUGAAUUCUCUUUCUUUUCAAGAAGUACGGGAAUAUAUGUUUAAUCUGUUCAAAGCUUUGAAACGCAUUCAUCAGUUUGGUAUUGUUCACCGUGAUGUUAAGCCCAGCAAUUUUUUAUAUAAUAGGCACUUGAAAAAGUAUGCCUUGGUAGACUUUGGUUUGGCCCAAGGAACCCAUGAUACUAAAAUAGAGCUUCUCAAAUUUGUCCAGUCUGAAGCUCACCAGGAAAGCUGUUCACAAAAUAAAUCCUAUGUAAUCACCGGCAACAAGAUUUCAUUGAGUGGCCCAGCAGCACCUAAAGAGCUGGAUCAGCAGUCUACCCCAAAAACUUCUGUUAAAAGGCCCUACACAAAUGCACAAAUUCAGACUAAACAUGGAAAAGAUGGAAAGGAGGGAUCUGUAGGCCUUUCUGUCCAGCGCUCUGUUUUUGGAGAAAGAAAUUUCAAUAUACACAGCUCCAUUUCACAUGAGAGCCCUGCAGUGAAACUUAUGAAGCAGUCAAAGACUGUGGAUUUACUGUCUAGAAAAUUAGGAACCAAAAAGAAGACCAUUUCUACAAAAGUUAUGAAUAGUGGUGUGAUGAGGAAAACUGCUAGUUCUUGCCCAGCUAGCCUGACUUGUGACUGUUAUGCAACAGAUAAAGUUUGCAGUAUUUGCCUUUCAAGGCGGCAGCAGGUUGCACCCAGGGCAGGUACACCAGGAUUCAGAGCACCAGAGGUCUUGACCAAGUGCCCCAAUCAAACUACAGCAAUUGACAUGUGGUCUGCAGGCGUCAUAUUCCUUUCUUUGCUUAGUGGAAGAUAUCCAUUUUAUAAAGCAAGUGAUGAUUUAACUGCUUUGGCUCAAAUUAUGACAAUUCGUGGAUCCAGGGAAACUAUCCAGGCUGCUAAAACUUUUGGCAAGUCAAUAUUGUGUAGCAAAGAAGUUCCAGCACAAGACUUGAGAAAACUCUGUGAGAAACUCAGAGGUAUAAAUUCUAACACUUCUAAAUUAACAAGUGAUAUACAAGAGUGCAGUUCUCAUGACCCAGCUUUUUCAGAGAAGACAGAAAACCGUAAACUUGCUCACUUCAUACAAAUACCUCAAGUGCAACCCUCAGGGAAUUCAUCAUAUAAAGGCGACAGUAAUGGCUGUGGGGGCAAUUUUGAGGAGUCUACUACCAAUCUAGAAGGCUGGGAUGAGGUGCCUGAUGAAGCUUAUGACCUGCUUGAUAAACUCCUAGAUCUGAAUCCAGCUUCAAGAAUAACAGCAGAGGAAGCUUUGUUGCAUCCAUUUUUUAAAGAUAUGAGUUUAUGA